AUGGAGAAAGAGAAGAAAUCUAGUGAUUCAAGUAACACAGAACCUUCUUCCUUCAAGCUUCUCGUUUCAUUUCCUUCCGGUCUCUCUCGAUCACAGGUUUCUGUUGAAUUCGGUGACACCUACGAUCGAAUCCCUCACUCUGACCUAACCUUGGAAAACACCAUCUCUGAGAUUUGGGAGCAGAGGACUGUACAGAACAAAUCUCUGUUCAAUGGAAAUAAAUUUAGGUAUGCAAGGCAUGUUUUGCGCACUGGAGGUGAAUCCGACAAUGAACCACAUGUAUGCCUCAACCUAGGUUUGACGGAUUAUAGGACUUUUGUGGGGACAAAUUUAAGUCCGUUGUGGGAAAAAUUCCUUGUUUCAUCUGAAGAUGAUUUCGUUCUUUGUCAGCAUACCUCCAGUCCAUUAGGAAAUGGUGCAGUGGUGGAGACAAUUGACAAUAAAAUACUUGUAUUACAGAGAAGUAAUAAUGUUGGUGAAUUUCCUGGAUAUUUCGUUUUCCCUGGAGGCCAUCCUGAGCCUCAAGAAAUUGGUAUAACGUCCCACCAAAAUGUAAAGGAGUUACCAGAGUUAAUCAACAUUAAUGUUUCACGGGAGAUGUUUGACAGCAUAGUACGUGAAGUAGUUGAAGAAAUUGGAGUGCCAGCUUCAUCCCUUAACAUUCCAGCUUUCAUUGGAAUAUCUCGCAGAGAUUUGAAUGUGAGACCGACUGCAUUUUUCUUUAUCAAAUGCAAUCUAGACUCAAAGGAAGUUCAGCAGUUUUACUCUAGUGCACUAGAUGGCUAUGAAUCAACUCAGCUCUACACUGUUCCAAUGAUUGAAUUAGAAAAUAUGGCCUCUAGAAUGCCUGGCUGUCAUCGAGGUGGAUUUGCGCUCUAUAAAUUGAUGGUUGGCGCCAGGAAGAUUACUUGA